UCCGCCAAAAGAGGAGCCAAGAAUUAACACAUACGCCAACUUUAGAGAUGAUGUGCUUCCCACUCAUUAAAAGACUUGGAUAUAAUGCUGUUCAAAUCAUGGCUGUUCAAGAGCACUCAUAUUAUGUUAGAUUUGGGUAUCAUGUGACAAACUUCUUUGCACCAAGCAGCCAUUUUGGAACCUCUGAUGAUCUUAAGUCACUGAUAGAUAGGGCUCAUAAGAUGGGUCUACUUGUUCUUAUGGAUAUUGUGCACAGCCAUGCAUCUAAUAAUAUGUUAGAUGGAUUGAACAUGUUUGAUGGAACCGAUGCUCAUUACUUCCACUCAAGGUCAAAGGGUCACCGCUGGAUGUGGGAUUCUCGCCUUUUUAAUUAUGGAAGCUGGGAAGUACACAGGUUUCUUCUUUCAAAUGCAAGAUGGUGGCUGGAAGAAUACAAGUUUGAUAGGUUCAGAUUUGAUGUUGUGACUUCAAUGAUGUACACCCAUCAUGGGUUGCAGAGAAGUAGAACUGAUGUAACAUUUGGUUCUUGUAAGUGGUGAAGCAUCAUUUCUCUAUGUUUGUUUUUUAACUAAAUUCUCUUGAGGACUAAAGGUUUUUAGUGUCAUUGCAUCUUUAUAAUGUAUUAUCCCAGCUUAACCUUUGUUUUCUUGAACUUGCUGUGGGUAGCAUUUCCUGGAAACUACAAUGAGUACUUCAGAUAUACAAUUGAUGUAGAUGCUAUUGUCUAUCUGAUGCUGGUUAAUCAUAUGAUUCAUGGGCUAUAUCCUAAGAUUGUCACCAUUGGUGAAGAUGCAUGUUCUAUAACUCUUCAGUGAGUCACAUUGAGCAUCCUUUGACUUAUAAUCAUUUAUCUGUUCCAGAAUUAAGAUGUCCGCUUUAAGUCCCCUAUCUCUUCUAUAGCAACAUUUGUUGCACUGGGUUGCAUAAAUGGAUUGGGGUUUUAAUACUUUUUUACGUGAUCCAUGAGGAUGCUAAGUGUAGAAAUGGUUUUGAAAAAGUAUGCACACAUGUACUUGUGUGUGCGUAAGCGUACUAAACAUUUGUGUAUUGUACAUGUUUUUCUAACUCUCUACUGCUUCAUCACUUCUCUUCAUGCAUCAAUUGAAUCAAUAUGCCAUGAAUAAGUAGAUUACCCUGCUAGUAGUUAAGUGUUUUGAUAUUGUAGAAUGAACUAAAGAAUUGUUAAAAAUGCUUGUUGUAAAUUGAACUAAUUUUUAUUGUAGACCAAGAGUUAUGGAAACAUAGCAACUAAAGAUGCCAACCAAAAACACUUGAAGGGAACAAACAAGAAUAUCUAGAAAUCUUAAAAUAUCCUUGCUUUUCACAUAUUUCAUCUUUUGUGCAAAUAAUUCACCUAAAGAGCUACUAGCACAAUAAAAGGUAAUUUAUGUUUUACCCUUUAGAAAUAUUUGCAUGGUAAGGAACA